GAGAUCAACUCACUCCAUCAAGCAUUAUCCUAUGUUUCUCCACGUGUCAUAUACCACCGGAUGCAAGUAUUGAGAAAUCUGAUAUCUGCCACGAAAAGGAAGAAGAUCAACUCACUCCAACAAGCUUUAUCCUAUGUUCCUCCACCCGCCAUAUAUCUAUCGGAUGCAAGUGUUUCCAUGAGUGUAACACUUGUAAAUGGUGUUUGGCCGCCCACAAGAGUAAAGCGUUAGAGGCUGAAGGUCCUCAUCGAACCUGA